AUGGCAAACCACACAAUUGCAAAAGACCUCAAUACUGCUCUCCGCUGGGCGACAGAAGCCGUCAGAUUCGACAAAAGAGGGCAGGACUAUGGCGCCGCGAUGGACGCGUACGCGAAGAGCGUCUCGUUACUCGGCGACAUCCUGGAGGUGCUCGAAUGCGAGAGGAGUGCUGGCCGGCUCAACAAGACCCGCGACAACGAGCUUAACAAGCUCGCGAGGAUACACGACUCGUAUAGGGAUAGGAUGCUGGUGUUGUCCUUGACGUUUGGGUUUGAGAUGCCGCCAGAGCUAGAGAAGCUGAUGACCACUCCAACAUGGCGCUGA